GCUAAUGAUGUAAGAUCCAUCGCUUAUGACGAUAUAUCAAACCAGCUUCCUGACGACAUAACUGCAGUCGGCCAGACCACUAAGUGCUACAUCAGGGAACACGAAGAUGACCUGACUGACGAUCAACUGGACAAGUUCUUCAGGUAUGUACAUGUAAGGUUGGCAUAAAUUCUCAUCUUAGAAUGACUUCAUUUUAAAAGUGUAAGAGAAUAUCAUUAUGUUUUACACAUAAAUAAUGUUGAUACUUUCAAACAUACUGCUGAUAUUUCAGGUCAGUUCGGGCCUUCUAUCAAGCAACAGUGAAAAAGAUGCUGAAGCACUUCCCCUUUGAUGACCCAGUCCUCCAGGACUCCAGUUUCCUGGUUCCUACCAGCUGGGAAGAGAUCGAACAAGAUGCAGUUGUGAGACUAGGAAGAAGAUUUCCUGGUAUAAUCCACCCAGAGGACCUGGAUCAACUUGAGGAGGAGUAUGGGGACCUCCAGGUGCUCAGAUCCAACGUACUUCCAGAGUAUGAUGAGCACACCAAGCUGGACGAGUACUGGGGAAAACUGGCAUCCAUGAGGAACAAAAUAACAGGAAAGUCCAGAUUUCCAACACUGACCAGAUUGGCCUGUGCUUUACUGACAAUACCUAACAGCAAUGCUGACUGUGAACGCACAUUUAGCUGUGUAAGAAAAGUUCAGACUGAGCUGAGGAGUGAUCUGGACAGUACAACAAUCACUGCUCUGUUGUCCUGUAAGAUAAUCAGGGACAGGAAAUGUUAUGACUUAAAUAUAAGUGAUGACCUGAGACUUCAGUCAAAGAAGGCAACACACAAAUAUAACAAAGAACUGUGUAAAUAAAGGAAUGAAAAACUCAAAAGUGUUAAUGUAGACAGCAUUAUUUUAUAUUAAAUUAGAAAACUAAAACUUUUCAUGUAUCAUGAAAUAAAAUUAAACAAAUAAGAUCAUGUGUUUUCAAUAUAGAGUGUGUUAAAGCAAGACAAAGGAGAGUGGACCUGAAAUUCAUAUAAAUGGUCUCAGAAAGCACCAGAAUGCAUAUUUUCAUGUAUAU